CGUGGAGCUCUCGUAAAUAAACAGGGGGCUGAUUCAUUGCUUGCCGCUCGGAUGUAGGUCACCAUGGUGAAGUGUGUGGUGUCUGGAUGUCCGAACCGGACCGAGCAGAAAGGAAUCUUCAGCCGGACUCCCAAGAGGUUCUUCAACUUCCCCAAAGACCCGGCGAGGGUCAAGGUUUGGCUGGCGGCCCUGAGGGAGACGGACAAGCAGGACCUGACAGAGCAACACAUCAUCUGUGAAGACCACUUCCUGACGGACCAUAUCACUGUCCGCGGCGUCAGCGAGGACGCCAUCCCAAUCAUGCCACCCUACCUGGACGGGCCGCUGGGCAUCAUCAGCCCGUGGGGCGCCGAGUCCUCCGGGGAGGAGGUGGAAGAGGAGCAGUGGGCUGAUGGAACUGAGGAGGAGAUGGAUGAGGAGGACUCCCCCCCUGGACAGGACUCGCGCCAACUGCGUCAAGAUGAAAGUCUGGAUAACGCCUUAGAAACGGAGACAUACAGCAGUGCUCCUCCUAAAGUCAGGCAGACGGCGCAGAAGAGGAGUCCCAGAUCAGAUACGUCCCUGGUACUGCUGACCCAGCAGUUCCUGGAGCUGAUGCUGGCAGCCCCGGACGGUGUGUUGGACUGCAAACAAGCGGCGGGGAACCUCCAGACACAGCGAUGCCGGGUGUAUGAAAUCGCCAACAUCCUUCGUGGAAUCAGCCUCGUUGAAAAGAAAGCCAACAAGGUUAAGUGGAUAGGAAAGAGCCCAGUGUCGUGUUUCCUAGGGAGAAGCCAGCAGAGAUUCCAGAAGGAGCUGGGGAACCUGAAGGUCGUGGAGGAGACGCUGGAUGAACUCAUCAAAACGUGCGCCCAGCAGCUCUUCAACUUGACUGACGACAAGGAGAACUCUAGAUCAGCCUAUGUCACCCAUGAGGACAUCAGUCGUAUCAAAGUCUUCCAGGACCAGACAGUCAUCGUCAUCAAAGCUCCAGAGGAAACCAAGCUGGAGGUUCCUGCGCCCAAAGAGGACAGCAUCCAGAUCCACCUGAAAGCAGGGAAGGGGCCAAUCAAAGUGAUGACAUGUGACAUGGGGUGUCCACAGGAAGUCCUGCCCACAAACGAUGGAGAGAAAGCAGGAUGUUUUGCAACGCCGGAGGAAAGCAGGAUAAAGACCGCUCCUCUUGAGUCGUGGCCCCUGCAGAGCACGUAGCCCUCUGAUUGGUCGCCGCACAGGAAAGGAAGAGCGCAGAGCGAAGACGUUUGUACAGGAAAGCCGUGAAAACACGAGGGAGGACGAGUGACUGUCGUCGAUCACGUUACCAACACCCUCAGAACUCAUCAUGUCAAACCGACCCGGUCUCGUCACAUCCAGUCAAGAAAAGAAUGUAAAGGAACAGGAACUUUUGUUUUUUAUGGUUUGUGUAUAUCUACCCCCUCUGUAUUCUCGUGUAUUCUCAUAGAAGUGAGAAGAGCCUGUCUUUGUGGUGACGUAAUGCCAGGGUCGGGGUCAAAGGUCGGACCGGAUUGUGAAAAACGCCUGCCACUCGAGAUGCAAGCUUUAUUUUUCUACACAUCAAAGUGUGUCGGUCAAAGUGUGUGGUUUGUGUUGCGUGGAUGGAUCGGGCAGUUGUGCAUCUUUCUGCGGCAUUAUGUCUACACGAUCCUCACGCCCCGAAUUAUGACGCUCGGUGUUUAAUACUACUUUUUUAAUUAACCUGUAAACUUUCGAUUUUGAGAUACUUUAUUGAUCCCCGUGGGGGAAUCCCUCUCUGCAUUUAACCCAUCCCAGCUGUGUAGGUAGGCGCAGCGGGCGGCCGCCGUGCGGCCCCCGGGGACCAGCUCCGGCUCGUCUCGCCACGCCUCGGUCAGGGGCCCAGACAGGAGUACUGACCCUGACGUGUCUUUCUGAUCAAGACGAAUCAGGAUCGCCGGUCAUUCUUUCUUAUUCUGUGGAUACAGAAAUAUUUCCCUCAUUUUGAUUUUUUUUUUUCUGCUGAUGAAAACCAACCUCAAAGAUAUGUAAUGAACAAUAAACUGCUUCUAUAA